AUGGGACAUUCGCGACGCCCAAGGGAUACUGAAAAGAAGGGUCGUGGCUUUGGACGCUCCAGGCAUGCUGAGGGUGGGGCAGUGGGAAAGCCCCAGGUUAAGAAGGCUGUGUUCGAAAGCACAAAGAAGAAGGAGGUUGGAGUAUCAGAUCUCACGCUCCUCAGUAAAGUGUCGAAUGAAGCCAUAAAUGAGAAUUUGAAAAAGAGAUUUGAACAUGGAGAAAUUUAUACAUAUAUCGGCCAUGUGCUUGUCUCUGUCAACCCGUUUAGAGACCUGGGUAUCUAUACUGACCAAGUCCUUGAUUCCUACCGUGGGAAAAAUCGACUUGAGGUGCCACCGCACGUUUUUGCCGUCGCCGAAUCCGCGUAUUAUAACAUGAAUGCUUACAAGGAGAACCAAUGUGUUAUUAUCUCAGGAGAAUCCGGUGCUGGUAAAACUGAAGCCGCCAAGCGACUGAUGCAAUAUAUUGCAAAUGUAUCAGGUGGCAGUGAUUCUUCUAUUCAGCAUACCAAAGACAUGGUACUGGCGACCAACCCCCUUCUCGAAUCCUUCGGCAAUGCAAAGACCCUGCGGAAUAAUAACUCUUCUCGCUUUGGAAAAUAUUUGGAGUUACAAUUUAAUUCCGUUGGCGAACCCGUCGGUGCGACAAUUACCAAUUACCUCCUCGAAAAAUCUAGAGUCGUUGGACAAAUAACGAAUGAACGAAACUUCCAUAUAUUUUAUCAAUUUACAAAAGCUGCUCCACAGGCUUAUAGAGAUAAUUUUGGUAUCCAGCAACCCCAAUCAUACGUGUAUACAAGCCGCUCGAAGUGUUUCGAUGUCUCAGGUAUAGACGAUGCGAUGGAUUUCAAAGAUACCUUAGAAGCCAUGAGAAUUAUUGGUUUGUCUCAAGCUGAACAGGAUAAUAUCUUCCGCAUUCUUUCCGCUAUCCUAUGGCUUGGAAAUAUGCAAUUUGUUGAAGACGACGGUUCAAAUGCCUCAAUUACAGAUCAAUCCGUUGUUGAUUUCGUUGCGUAUCUACUAGAAGUAGACUCUGCCCAAGUGAGCAAAGCUCUUACCCUGAGAAUUUUGGAAACAGCCAGGGGUGGGCGAAGAGGAUCGGUAUACGAAGUUCCUUUGAAUACUGUCCAAGCCACCGCUGUUCGAGAUGCACUCGCGAAGGCUCUUUAUUUUAACCUUUUCGAUUGGAUCGUUGAGCGAGUUAAUGCCUCCCUCGCAGCUAGGGGCUCUGUUGCGAACUCCAUUGGUAUCCUGGAUAUUUAUGGGUUUGAGAUUUUUGACAAGAACUCCUUUGAACAGCUUUGUAUCAAUUAUGUAAACGAAAAGUUGCAACAAAUUUUCAUCCAGCUAACCUUGAAGACGGAGCAAGAAGAAUACGCCCGUGAACAAAUCAAGUGGACUCCAAUCACCUACUUUGAUAACAAAGUCGUGUGCUCCUUGAUCGAAGACAAACGGCCUCCCGGGAUCUUCGCUGCAUUGAAUGACGCUUGUGCAACCGCACAUGCUGACUCCGGUGCUGCUGAUCAGACAUUCGUGGGAAGACUGAAUUUCCUUAGCCAGAAUCCUAACUUCGAAUCGCGACAGGGCCAAUUCAUCGUCAAGCAUUACGCUGGUGAUGUAGGCUAUACUGUCGAAGGGAUGACGGACAAAAAUAAGGAUCAACUGUUGAAAGAUUUACUUAACCUAGUAGGCUCGAGUAGUAACAGUUUCGUACAUACACUCUUCCCCGACCAAGUCAACCAGGACGACAAGCGACGACCGCCAACUGCCGGUGACAAAAUUAAAGCAUCUGCUAAUGACCUUGUCGCGACACUAAUGAAGGCUCAGCCAUCAUAUAUCCGGACGAUAAAACCUAACGACAACAAGUCGCCAUCCGAGUACAAUGUCGGUAAUGUGAUGCAUCAGAUUAAAUAUUUGGGUUUACAAGAGAACGUCAGGAUUCGGAGAGCUGGGUUUGCCUACCGUCAAACGUUUGACAAAUUUGUCGAGCGCUUCUACCUAUUGUCGCCAAAGACUUCAUAUGCUGGUGAUUACACUUGGACUGGGGAUGCAGAAUCUGGAGCCAAGCAGAUCUUGAAGGACACCAGUAUCCCAGCAGAGGAAUACCAAAUGGGCACCACCAAGGCAUUCAUCAAAACUCCCGAAACCAUUUUUGCCCUUGAACAUAUGCGCGAUAGGUACUGGCAUAAUAUGGCCAUCCGUAUCCAACGUGCUUGGCGCAACUAUCUCCGCUACAGAAUCGAGUGCGCUAUCCGAAUCCAGAGGUUCUGGAGACGAGUCACAGGAGGUCUGGAAUAUAUCAAAUUACGAGAUCAGGGACACGAGAUUCUUGGUGGCAUGAAAGAGAGACGCAGAUACAGUCUUGUUGGCUCACGCCGCUUCCUUGGUGAUUACCUUGGUGUUGGUAACACUGGUGGUCCAGGAGAGAUGAUCAGAGAUUCCGUUCGCAUUGGUAAAUCCGAAACUGUCUUAUUUUCCUGCCGCUGCGAACUCCUUGUCACCAAAUUCGGUCGUUCGAGUAAACCUGCACCACGUAUCUUAAUUCUUACCUCCCACAAUGUUUACAUUGUCGUGCAAAGCGUCGUGAACCACCAGCUGAACAUAUCGGCGGAACGAACAAUAUCUGUCGGCGCAAUCAAGUUUGUUAGCGCUUCGAAAUUGAAGGAUGACUGGUUUGCUCUUGGAGUUGGCGCUGCUCAAGAGCCAGACCCGCUCAUCAACUGUGUGUUCAAAACGGAAUUUUUCACAUACCUUUCCAAUGCUCUCCAUGGCCAACUCAAUCUUAAACUCGCUGAAGUAAUUGAAUAUAACAAGAAGCCCGGCAAGCUAGCAAUAGUUAAGACCAUGAAAGAUCCUGCAAUUGCUCGUGACGAUAUAUAUAAAAGCGGAACGAUCCAUACCAGCCAGGGAGAACCUCCAAAUUCAGUAUCAAGGCCAACUCCAAGGCCAAAGCAGGUGGCCGGAAAGCCUAUCACCAAGGGCAAACUACUCCGUCCUGGCGGACCAGGUGGAGGACCAUCAAAGUUGGCAUCACGGCCAGCUGCGUCAAGACCAACCCCAGCAGCUCAGCCAUUGCCGCAAGCUAACGCCCAACCUGCAACUACAACAUCCAGGCCAGUACCACAACCUGUUGCGGCCAUUUCCGCCAACCAUAACAGAACCAACUCAGCGCAAGCUCGAGCACCUCCUCCGCCUCCUCCCGCCGCACCACCCGCAGCCAAAAAAGACACUGCCAAGGUUCUCUAUGACUUCAACAGCGAGCGCACCAAUGAGCUUUCCAUCCGCGUGGGCGAAAUAGUCCAAAUCAUGGCAAAGGAAGGAAACGGCUGGUGGCUUUGCAUGAACACCACAACCUCCGCCCAAGGCUGGGCACCAGAAGCGUACCUAGAAGAAAUCGUAGCUCCAACGCCCGCAGCAGCCCCUCCACUUCCUCCACCACCCCCAUCAGCCCCCAGAGCCGCUACUAUAUCCAACAGCAACAACAGCAACAACAAUAAUAAUAAUCCCGUAAACCCCAUAACCACCAACGGCGCCUCCCGCGCAGCUGCGAAAGCCAAGCCCACCCCGCCCGCUCCGCCCGCCAAGCGGGCCAGUUGCGGGGCGUAA